AUGAGCAUCAAACCGGGCAAAGAUUUCAAAGUUCCACCGCCGAGCGUGACGAGCGACGCGGUCGGCACGGGCGGACGGUCGUCGUUCAGCGGGAUCACGUGCACGGUUUUCGGCUCGACGGGUUUUUUGGGACGAUACGUCGUCCAUCACGUCGCCAAGAGCGGGUCGCGCAUGAUUCUACCCACGCGAUGCUCGGAGAAUGAUCGUCAACAUCUCAAAGUGAUGGGAGACCUCGGGCAGAUUGUGCAGUUGGAUUACGGGAUCAGAGACGAGGAGACGAUUCGAUACGCCGUAGAGCGGAGCAACGUCGUCAUCAACAUGGUGGGUCGAGAGUGGGAGACGCGUAACUUUUCGUUCGAAGACGUCAACGUGACGUUUCCAAAGAAAUUGGCGGAGAUUUGCGCCGACGUGGGCGUGCGUAGACUGGUUCACGUGAGCGCUUUGGGGGCCGAGGAAGACCACCCGAGUGCGUAUUACAGAUCAAAAGCCGCCGGCGAGGCGGCGGUGCGGGAGGCGUUCCCUUCAGCUACGAUAGUGCGGCCGGCCAAAAUAGUGGGCGUCGAAGAUAGAUUCUUGAACAUUUUCGGCGAGCAUUCGCGCAAGUAUCCAGCGGUGCCUAUCAUCGAUGGCGGCGACACCAAGCACCAACCCGUGUUCGUGGAUGACGUCGCGGUGGCGAUUCGUCAAAUCGUCCACGACGAGUUGACGAGCGGGCGAACGUACGAGCUCGCGGGGAAUAAGGUGUAUACUUUUGACGAACUUGCGAAGAUGGUUCUUAAAACCAUUCGCACGCGCAAGUCGACGGCGUACAUCCCGAGUUUCAUCAUGAAGGCGCUCUCGUGUCCGCACGAGUGGCUUUUGCGACGCGUACCGUUCCCCAUGCCCACCCCGUUGGGCUUGACGCGAUCGUACAUCGACGCUCAAAGCCGAGAUUACGUCAAGCGGGCCGACAGCCUCGGUUUUUCCGAUCUCGGCAUUGAGCCGAACAACAUCGAAAACGGCUACGUGUUGGACUACUUGCGAAGCUUCCGCGCAGGGGGCUACCAAGUCGGCGACGCCCCGUGGGAACACGAAGAGCGCGACGCCAAACUAUCCGCGUGA